CACGAUCGGUCGAAUGUCACCGCAUACGUUCGAAACGCGGCGGGCACUUCGAUCGGGGAAUCAAUCGGUUGGCGAGAUAUUCACGCAACUUUAACCCUCGGCAUCCCCUUCCCAACGAACAUGUGAACGCGGAGUGAGAUCCUUUUUCCCUGCUUUUCGUAAAUGGUCUGUACGUACGUACAACGUAUGUCAAUGUUUUUAUAACGUCGUUUAACGGAUUUUAACGUAAACACUGUCGUAACAUAUUACUAAUCUACGUCUCCGAGGUAUUCGUUGUAUACAUGUAUACAUGUUUAUAUUCUUAUACCCGACGAAGCGUUGAUUAGUAUAAUAACAUCGUGUCAGUGUGAGUACCCAACUAUUGCGUCGCAACCGUUAUUUGAUAUCGAAGAUUGUGUAGAAUUUUCAAAAUAAACGACCGCGUAAUACUAUUUUUUAUAACGUCACUUGUACCCGUUGUUCGUUGUAUAAACGCGGUGAUAACAACAUUCUACAAAUGUGAGGAGUAAAUCAAUUUGUACGGUGUUCCACGAUACGUGGAUCUACACGGUGGUGAGUUAUUAACUGUGAAUAAUUGAAGCUAAAACACGAGGAUUACGAUUGGACGAUAUUUGCAUCCUGGAACGGUGCGAUUGUACGAGAUUUUUUAUCUCAGCGACAACAAGUCGUGCAACGCGGAUCCUGGAGAGAGACCGAAACCGUGGGCUGGUUCAUCAGGGAGGGGCGGGUUGGAGUGACGAAGUAAAAACAUCUGUUGGCGCGGUGCUUUUUCCACAGUCAAUCCGCAGCGGCAACAACGCCGAGAGCAAAUAGCGUCGAAAAGAUGCCACGAGAGGAUACAUAAAUCGAGAUAAUCAACGCGCCCUUCCUUCCUUCCUUCCCUCUAUCUUACCAUAUUACCCCUCUCUUCGUUGAUCUUCUACUCAUCAUCCACGUGGUGAAUAUUGAGAAUUUCUUUCGACAAGCGUAUAGCGGAAGGGAGAGAGAAAGAUACUCGAUAAGGGAGGAACUCGUCCGGGGUUUCGUAACGAAGAACGCUGAGUCGCGUGUUUCGAAAUAAGAGCAGCUGCGACAACAGGCCUCCACGCUUGGCGCGUGGGCCCCGGUUUUGUCGGCCCCCUCUCUUUUAUCCUCCACCCCCUCGACGGCGUCUCAGGGGCCUGCGAGUCCAACGAGGGCGACACGACGCCAGGGUGGCCACAAGGGUGCGUCGGUGGGGCCCAGCGCCGAGAGGGGUGCAGAACGCCGCCCCCCCUCAGAGGGGAUGCCACGCCACGGACGACCGCCGCCCUCCGAACACCCCCGAGAACCACCGUCCCAUGGGCGCCAAUCUCACCAAGCAGAGUAGGAGGGAGGCGACGCAACGCGAUGUCGAACGAGAACGGCGUCAGAGAAUGGAGGCAGAAGCUCGAGUUCGCGAAGCCACGGCCGAGGCUGAACGAGCCAGAACCAGGGUACAUCAUCUUCAACGAGAACUCGUCAGGAUGGAGGAAUCUGCCAGAGGUAUUUUGCAGCAGAAACAACGCGCGGAACAGCUGAAGCAGGAAAAAACUGCUCUCACCCUAUCUUACGAGGCUCGAGUGCACCAGUACCAAGCCCAGAUAUCGAAACUCCAGCUCGAGAGCGAGUCUCUUCGAGGUCAACUUCGGGGUCUGGAGGCUGCUUGCGCAGGUGAAGUCCACGCCGCCCUGGUAGCCAGGCUGGCCAACCUCGAGACCGAGCACGCGGCUCUGGCGCGGGACGCCGACGCUCAACGUCGACAGUACGAACGGUGUCUGGAUGACGUCGCCAACCAGGUCGUCCGCGCCCUGCUCUCCCAAAAGGGUCUGAGGGAGGAAAUCGGGGCUCUUCAGAGGCGCAUCCGCGAACUCGAAGCCCAGAAUCGGGCGCUCUCUGGACUCCUAGCUCAAGCCACAAGUCCCGGAAGUCCCACCGAUCUCAUUCACGGAAUUCUCGAGGCUGGACCCGCAGCUCUGGUCGCUGCCCUGAGCCUCGACGCCGCUUGGGUCCCGCUUACGCGACCGAGGUCCUUGAACCUUCAGAUCCCCGUCAUGGCCACCGCCAAAUGUCGCAGGGCCAGGCCUCUGGGUCAAAAACCCUCGGAAGAAGAGGGCAGCGAGAGUCCGGAGAGCGGGAACAGGGACGAGGGCUACUCGACGAUGUCGAGCGACGUUCAGGGCGAAGGAACCCGACAAGAACCGGCGAGAGGGUUGGAGGACCUGAAGGAAGCCACGGACGAAACGGAAGCCGACGUCUCACCCGACGCUCGUCUCGUGACCCUCGACGCCGGGGAUCCGGAUGUACUUUUUUUACCCUUAAAUCUAACCGUAGGAAUUAACCCGAGGCACAGCUAUCCACCAACCAAAGAUCUACUACCCUAUCAGCACGUGAUGCGGAGCUUUUCCGACAGUCAUCUUUGCCUCAAACUUACCACCACCGCCAGCCUUUCUCCCUACAAUAUAGCAAGUCCGUCUGGUUCGUCCGUUCUUCUCGUAGAAGAAGAGGGUUGGGAUGCGGAAUACGUCCAGCAGUGGCUGAGGUUGGACGACACCAGAAGUGCCCAGCAGCACCGCGAUCUCCUAGAGCUGGAAUACGACCGAGCUGAACUUGAGGAUUGGAGUUUUUCCUUGUCGACGGAGGACCUUGCCCAGGGUGAAUCGACGUGGAAGGAACCAGCGAUCACUCCCGCUUUGCCGGCGAUAAAGGAGCAGAAUCCUCUGGAGCUCGAGGAGGACGCGAACGAGUGCUUGUGGAACGGAGCAAGCUACCUGGCGGAUCGAGCGGGCGGUGAAUUGGUGGCUCUGCUCAUGGAUGCGAGAACCAGCGGACCAUGGCCUUACGCGUCGAGUCCCGGAGCUUCUUGGAGCAGCGAAGAAGGCGGUCCGGAAAACUCCAGCAAAAGAUCUUCCGCGGCUCUUUCCGGCUGCAGCGACGAUCCGGACUCUCCGUCGGUCGGAACCGAUUUCACCCGGGAUUUUUACAGACUGGUUAAAUUCGAGAGCACUAAAAGCCUCGCGAGUACCUCUUCGAGGGGGGGAAAACCUCCGGAAAGGGAACAGGCCCUCCAGAACGUUCUAUCGUUCAUCGCCGAGCAACAGAUGUACCUGGCGGAAUUACCGCACUAUUAUCACGACGCUGCUAACUGCAACGAAACCCCGAAUCCAAACGAAGUUCAAGCAGCGAUCGCAGCUUGCGCCGUAAGUCAGAACGAGCGAGUUUGCGAAACAGCCGAGUCGGGCUCGGGCGACAAGGAAAACGGCGGUCAUGAAAAUUCCGUGGAAAUGGAGUCAGGCGAUGAUAUUCUCGAGCAGAUAUUGGUCCCGUCUUUGGCGCCCGAUGAAAGGAUCAUCAGUACCGUUUCCUGCAACGGUGGAAUUUCCUACACAACCGUAGCUCCCUCCGAACUCGGCGCCGUUCCCGAAGAGGACGAGGAAGCGGCCACCUCCUCAACCCCCAGUACCGUCGUGAGUCCAGCCCGAGGUCCGCUUCUGGUCGAGGGUCGAGAUCGUACGUUGAGUUUCCACGAGCGGGCAACGUCGAAGGACGUGAUAGACGAGCUGAACAGGAUGAUACGGAAGGGCGAGGACCAUCCGGCGUCUCAGGACGCGGCUCAGACCGUCCUCGAGAAGCUUGAUCUCGCCUGCUGUUGUCCAACGGGUUGGGUCCACGUGGAAAGAGACAUAGACUUCACGGAUCCGAAGGCCAGGGCGAAUCUGCUCGACGUUAUGUUGGCAAGCAGCGAAAGUUCAUCGGCGACAUCCAGCAGCGGAUCAGCCGGAAGUGAUUCCGGCGACGAGCCACCCGAUUAUCGUCAUCUUCACAGGCUCCAUCGGUACCGACGUCAAAAGAAAGCCUCCGCGGCCCAGGCCCAACGAGUCCUCCGCAUCCCGUCGGCUUGGGGCGCAUCGGCGAGACCCUCGAUCAUCGGACGGGACGACUUCUUCGUGAGGUACGGCGACAAGGAACGCGAGGCGGUAGCGACCUUCGAUUUUCUCAACGACAUCUGCACCCUCUCAUCGCCGAGCGACUCGAACGGCGGCAGUCUUAUCGACAUCGCCGAAUCUCCGGGAUGCUGCAACGCCGACUGCAAGGAGGACCUGAUGAAGCUUUCGCCAUUGUAACAUAUACGUAUAUGUGUAUAGAUAUAUUUGUAACGUCAUUUCGAAUGGGAUACCAGGCGUCGCUGGUGCGACUGAUGAAAAUAUUACAAUAUGGAAAUAAUAAUAUUUUAAUGCGAAAUCGUAAUCAGAAUAGGAAUGAAACGUGAUUACGCGAUAUGCGAAUUUUUACUGUUGUUGUGAUGUUGGUAUUUUUUCUUUACUUCUUUGAUACUUCUUUGUCAAUUUCAGACCCUCGGAGAAAAGGAGAGAGAGAAGGAGAGAGAGUGGGAGUAAAAAAGAUUGAACAAAUCGAUCUCUCUUUCACUCUUUUCGGUACUUUUCAACGGUUUUACCAAACCUAACGAGUUUUUAUAUAGUCUGAUAUUGAACUUGUAUAAAAAAUUCAACAUUCGUCUAAUCGUUGUACUGUCACGAAUCUUUCAAUGAAUUUAUUUUUUUUUUCCUCGAAAAACGGUAAAAAUCUCGAUUCAAAUAAUUUGUAUUUUUUUUUUCGUUUUUUGGCAGAUGUAUAUACAUAUAUAUCACAAGCGUCGUCAUAAUUAUUUUGCAAGGUACAACGACUGAUCGAAAACAACGAUUAGGUAGUUUGAAUACUUGAAAAGCGUUUUACUCAGAAUCGAUUAACAUACGUAUUGAUGACAAAAAGAAUGCAUCGGAUGGAAAAUUUGUUGAAUAAGACGUAAUGCGAAAGAGUAAAAGCUCGAGGCUUUUGAGCGCAGA